CGAACAAUCUCGAAAAGCGCGCCAUAUCAAAUAUAAAUACGUGACAGGUAGUACUGCGCAGUCAGUUAAAAAGUGCAACUCAAAGUGAACGUUUGUAUAACGUUUGAAGUAAUUAUCUACCAAACAAUAUUAUACAAUAUAAACAAUUAUUUCAUUUGUAAAACAAAUUAAAAAAUUUUAAUAAUAAAAGAUUAACUGUAUUAAUAUGGCACUAGUAACAAGAGAUCUCUUCCGUAAUUGGUGGGAAGAUAUGGACCGUUAUCAUCGAGAAUUAGAAGAACAUUUUAAACGUCUUAGUACUAGAGAUGAUUUUUGGAAACUACCACCAAUGCCAUCCUUCAAUGAAUUUUUCCAACCAUGGAGAAAUAUGAUGGAACAAUUGGAACAUCAAGUUGGAGGUUCGACUACUAUUGAACGAGAUCAAAACAAAUAUCAGGUAAUUGUCGAUGUGCAACAAUUUGCACCAGAGGAAAUCACCGUCAGAACGGAUGAUAAAUGUAUUACCAUUGAGGGGAAACACGAAGAGAAGAAAGAUGAACAUGGUUACGUAUCGAGGCAUUUUGUGCGUCGAUAUGUGCUUCCACAAGGAUAUGAUAUUGGCCACGUUAAACCGAGUUUGUCAUCUGAUGGUAUUCUUACUAUUACUGCUCCAAGAUUAGCUCUGCCAGCACCUGGAGAAAGAAUUAUACCGAUCGAACGAAGUAAUGCACCAGCUAUUAAAGCAGCAUAAUUUGUAAAUAAUAUCAUCUAAUAGACUCUUAUAUAUUUAAAAUUCAUUACAUACAGUAUUUUAUAACUUUUUUUUUCGUAUACUUUGAAAUUGUUUGUUUAUAUUGAUUUAAUUGUCAAUAACAAAUAGUCAUAUAUAUAUGUGGAACUGAUAAUUUAAUUGUUUUAAUUUCUUAGAUAUAUAAGAUCAUAUUAUAAAUAUGUUCAAAAAAUUUAAGAUAUUGAAAUUUGAUCAUUGCACUAAACCAUUCUUUUUAUUUGCGUUACGCUAUUAAAAUUGUUUAACAUAAAUAUUUCUGAUAUUGUAUGAUGCAAUUUUGUAAAAUUCAAUUAUACAAUAUUUUAUUAUUAUCAUUAUAUUAUAAACAUACGUUAUUGUAAGUACUUUUUAUUAGCUUUAUUUUUCAAUAAAUAAAGAUUAAAUAUUAAAA